UGCCCAUUUGGUUUUGCUUGGUCAAAAUAACCUCACUUUUUGUUUGAUGUAAAAUGUAAACAAAUAAAUGAAAUCCAUUAUUUAGUUUUUUUGUGUAAGCCACAAGAAUCAAAAUAAUUACAAAUUAUUAAGUUAAAAACUGGAGAAAGUUGUAAGACUGCAUCAGUAAAUAAUGGACACAAACGAAAAUAUAUUUGACUUGCAAGAAUAUAUUAUAUUGAAUACGGACAAUGUAAGCUUCCCAAGCACUUCAGCAGCUUGUGAUUUAUUACCUAGCACUUCAGGUACAGCCUCGGGUACAGCAGCUACUAGAAAAUUAGACCACAAAUGGACACAAAACGAAACAAAAAUCCUAAUAGACCUGUAUGGCAAAUUAAAAAACAAAGUGGGCACAUUCCAAAUUAAAAAUAUUAAGAUGUUGUGGGAGAAAAUUGCUAAUGAAUUAGCAAAAUUACAUAUAAUUGUAACACCAAAUAACUGCCUUAAUAGGUGGAAGGUAUUGGAGAGAAAUUUCAAAAAAUUUGUGGACAAUCAAAAUAAAACUGGCAGAGGACGUAAGUACUUUGAGUAUGAGGCUGAGAUGAGCGAGAUUUUUGGCAAAAAAAAAAAUAUAAAUCCAGAAGUACUUCUAAGUACAGAAACAAAAGAUCUUUUAUUAGAAGAUGUCCAAGAAAACAUUGAGGAAAAUGUUGCCAAAGAUAUUUGUGAAGAGGAUUUAGAAAAUCAAAGACCGACAAAAAAAUGUAAAUCCUCAGUUAAAGUCGAAGUGGUUAAAAAAAAAAUUACAACCAUGGAAAAAAUUCGGUUGGAUCGAAAAGAAUAUUAUAACGCCAAAUUAAAUAUUGAAGAACAAAAAUUGGUAGAAAUUAAAAGAAGAAAUGAUUUAAUUGAACAGAGAAAUUUAUUAUUCAAAGAAAAAAACCAGAUUUUAAGGGAAAAAAAGGCAUGCAAUCAUUGUAAUGUUUAA